ACAAUGAUAUACAAGUUCUUAUGUGUGUGUGAGUUCUUACUGGUUCUUACAAGGUUUUCCCUCCAUUUCUAAAUGUAUACAAAUUCUGUGCAAGUAGUACAUAAACGUUAUCAACAAAUUAACCUCUGUUCUGGUAUAACCGAUCGACUUCUGUUGUUAACCUCUGCAGAGAUCUGAAAGUGCUAGUGCUAGUGACGGACGUCUUUCUUUUGUAUAGUACAAUUUAAAUAAACUAAGAAUGUUCGAAGCACAUAGCAUUAACGCGGAGCACAAGGACUUGAUUCAUGAUAUUGCUUACGAUUUUUAUGGGCAACGAAUGGCAACGUGCUCCAGUGAUCAAUUCGUGAAAGUAUGGGAUGAAGAUGAACAUGGAAAUUGGCACCUGACUGCGUCCUGGAAAGCGCACAGUGGAUCUGUGUGGAAAAUUACUUGGGCACAUCCAGAGUUUGGUCAAGUACUUGCAACAUGUUCUUUCGACAGGACUGCUGCUGUGUGGGAAGAAAUAGUUGGGGAAGGAUCAGGCCCAGGAGAACGUGGCAUGAGACAUUGGGUCAGGAGGACAAAUUUAGUGGAUUCCAGAAAGUCAGUUACAGAUGUGAAAUUUGCACCUAAAACCCUCGGCCUUUUAUUAGCUACUUGCAGCGAAGAUGGAGUAAUUAGAAUAUACGAAGCUCCUGACGUAAUGAACCUGAGUCAAUGGACACUCCAGCAUGAUAUUAGCUGCAAGCUUCAAUGUAGUUGUCUCUCAUGGAAUCCAUCUUUAUCAAGGUUACACCCUCCAAUGAUAGCAGUUGGAAGUGAUGAUUCGAAUCCAUCGUCUGGAGGGAAAGUGUUUAUAUAUGAAUAUUCUGAGAGUAGUAGAAGAUGGGCAAAAACAGAAACAUUAACCAUAGUUGAUCCUGUUCACGAUAUCGCGUUUGCUCCGAAUUUAGGUAGAAGUUUUCAUACGUUAGCUAUUGCUACGAAAGAUGUACGAAUAAUUACGUUGAAGCCGUUAAUGGAGAGUGUACAAAGUGGAGCACCACGCUUUGAAAUCACUACAGCAGCACAAUUUUUUGAUCACGAUUUUACUGUAUGGCGUGUAUGUUGGAAUAUUAUGGGAACUAUUUUGGCAAGUUCAGGGGACGAUGGUUGCGUCCGAUUAUGGAAGGAUAAUUAUAUUAAUAACUGGAAAUGUGUAGCUGUUUUGAAAGGUGAUGGCACUUCUGCUCAAAGUGCUGAGACUCCUACAGCAGCAACGCCACCAAAUCACUCGGCUGGAACGCAACAAACACCUUCAACAACAAGGUACUACAAAUUGGGUUCCAUCAGUCAUCCAAACCAAGUGCCUUGGCAUUAAAGAUAAUGAUUUGUUUUUUUACGACAACUAAUGGCUUCAUGCUCUUUAUUAUUUCAUACAACUGUACAUUCUUUGUAUGAAAACUAUUGAAUUUAUAUUUAUGUAAUAAAUAUAGUGAUUGUUCUUAUUUUAUAACAAAUUUAUGUUUCUAUUUCUAAUAGCACUAAGCCGAUUUAUAUUUAUUAUCAGUUUGUAGCAAUGCACUCUUCCAUUGACUUAUAUUUUUUCGUUAAGUAAUAUAGGUAUCAAUUGUAUAUAUCACUUUGUAAUUCAUUUUUUUAAUAAUUUGGAUGAAGCAACAUACGCACCGUUAAUUCAUUUUUAUCUUGAGAAGCAUUAGAUACUUUCAAAAAGGAAUGUUUUCAAAUGAUUAAUUAAAAGUGCAUAAUAUUUUGUAUGAUUGAGUGAAAAAUAUAUUUUUGCAUAACAUUCA